AUGAAGUUGAGUGGGAAAGGACUGUGCACCGUGUUCUCCAGCACCCUCCUCUUCGUGUGCGCCCUCAGCGAAGUUGUCGUUGGAUUAAGAUGCGUCUCGUUGGGAUCUACGGUGAGAGCGCACUUCCACCUCGGCGGCGCGGCCGGGGCUUUCUACUCCGGGCUACUUCUGGGCAUCGGGCAGGCGCUCCUGGGCUCCGCGCUGCUCUUUUGCAUGGACAAGCCCGGCUGCAGGAAUUUAUUUCUCCUGGGUGUUGUGGUGUUCUUGUUGGGAGUCCUCACCGCCUUCUCCGGCGCGGUGGUGGACGGGGACACGGCUUCCCUGGUGGAGAGGAAGUACACCCAUUACUGCUUCCACUCGCUGGUCGCGAACCCUGCCUGCGAGCGGCUGAGGGAGUACCAGCGGAGUCUGGUCGUGUCCACGGUCCUCAGCACCUUGGAGUGCCUCCUCGGGCUCAUCAACCUGGUGGUCAUCAAGAGGUACAAAGCGGCGCAGUUUUCUCGGAGCCGGCAGUCGGAGAGGCAGCGCGCCGGUGCGAUCAUCUUCCGCGAGGAGCGGGACUGCUCGGGGGAUUUCCAGCCGGUGUCCUACAUCAACUUGGGUGUUUUUAACGUGUUGGACGAGACAGGAGCCGAAGUGCAGUGCGGGGGACACCCGUCCAUCGAGCUGCCGGGAUACUCGCCCACGGACCCGGAGCUCAAUCAUUGUUUCCCGUUCUCCUACCCGCUCCCCAGCGAGCUGCCCCCCGCAUACGAUGACAUUUUCCCCGCUGAGGCAUGCAACACAUAG